AUAAGACUUCUUACUAUAAAUUUCGUGGUGUGGUUGCCAGGGGCGCCGAAGUUUGGGGAAAAUGAAGAGGAGAUGGUGUUAAUGUGUAAGAGUUGUCUUCUAUACAUGUCACAGAAACACAUUUUGGCCUACACGGGUAGAACUGUACUUCAUGUAUUCCAGCAGUUUUAUGUAGGUUUCUUUGAAGCAACCACGACCCAGCUAGUGCAUAAAUGAUAAUCAGAUGAUGAACCUCAUUAAGCUUCAUUGCAUUCUCAUUAUCUAUAAUCUAUUGUUUGAAUUGCAUUCGACGCGACCAAAAUGCGACGUAUAACCUAGACCUUAGGCGUUAGUUAAUGCAUAACCUUACUAUCAGCUUAUAUAAGCAUAGUCGAAGUAAUGAAAUUAACAUUAACUUAAUUUAUUUGAGUUUGUGGUCGCUUUAGUACCUGUUCUAAUCACUGCUUGAAGACGCGCACACGGACUUAAUAAUUAAUCGUUUCUUGCAAGCGUCUAAUGGAAGAGAGUUUGUGUCUGUAACGUCUAUUGACAUUGUAUGAUACAUAAUGCUAUUAAAUAUAUCUAUUCAUCCGAGGUAGUGGGAAAUAGUGUGGAAAAUAAGGAGAUGAUGUGAUAUUGUUCAAAGUUAGAAAGUCUUCUAUGAUAGGUUUUCCAUAACGCUGAGCAAUGGAAGAACAAGAACGCGGUCCAAAAUUGGAAGAGAAAAUGGCUGAAUGGGAAUCAUUCGUGAAAAAGGCAAAGAUUAAAACAGCAAACCAUACAACGAUGGUCCGUUUUUAUAAUGCAGUUUAUAAUUUCAUGAUAAUGACAGUCAUAUUGAUUGCAGGAAUUCUCACAUGUAUAAUCCUCCUGGGAGGUAUAGACAAGAUGGUGUUGGCGGCUCUUAGUGGCGCUUGUACCAUCCUCACAGCUUGUUCAAAGUUCUUGGUAGCUGACCGCAAAAAAGCUGGACAUAAACGCUUUGCUAAACUAUUUCAGACAUUGUUAAUACGUAUGUUAAGAUGCGAAACAAUUGUUGAGUACAAUGCUUUAAGGCAUGAAUUGACAGAGGCUAUAAUCCGGGAGCCCUUGGUUCUAAUUUGGCAUCAAAGAAAGAGUAGAACGGAGUUGAGCUACACAAUGACAGCUCGUUUAGAGCUGGCGCUUGAUGGCAAAGAAGAAACACCUCUGAAUAACAUGUCACCCGUGCAUCAACAUCAAUAUUCUGGUCACGGGUCCAAUAAACCAUUUGAUUUUAAUCCACAUGACUUUCACGUGAUGUCUCUUGGUGAACCAUCAGUAAAUCAUCCGGGACGUAACUCGCGCGAGGGUUAUGUCGCGAUUUCUGGUUUUCAAGAUCAACCACAAAGAAAUACUUCCAAGAAUGGCAACCACGAGAAAAGUAUAAUGGAACAGGUUCCGGAAGAGAAGAUGUCACUCAUCUCUUCUUCAAGUAAAGGAAAAAAGAAGAAAAUGAAAGCUGAAAGUGAAAAGUCAUUUCAGUCAAAAAACACAUUCCUAGCUGCGUCAUCUCAGGGGACACUUGAUGAAAUUGAGGAAGAACAAGAAACUGAAGAACAACAGAACCUCCGUGAGACAAGUGAGACAAUGUCAUUAAAUAGUCUGCGGAAAGGAAAGAAAAAGAAAGGGUCAACGCAGUCCAAUUUUCCUCCGCCCCCUCCAAUGACAGAAGGUGAUGAUGAUUGCGAAAGCGGAUCCCAGCAGGUCCAAAUCUCAAGUCGAAUGGGCACGUCAUCUUCCCGCAAUAUUCGUGGAAUGUCGGGCCGUAACGACCAUAGGUCGAUAGUUUACGACGAGGAGGAAGAGAAUAUGUUAUCUGAAGAUUCGGAUAAUAUGGACGACGAUAUGACAUAUACGAGAAAUUAAUUUUUUAAGAGUAGUUAGAAUAAUGUCAAUCUCUAUAAGAGAGCACUCGGUCCUCCUCUAAAUAACUGGAUAUUUUUGUCGUAUUUGAUAAAUUGAUUGACAGUAUCAUAAUAUGCACAUAGAGACACUGUAAGCAUUAUUGUUAGUCGUAGAAAUUUGCGCGUAAAUAAUUUUUUACUGAAUUACUUGUAAAAUUGAGUAUAAAGAUAAUGCAUUAAUUAAACUGUGUUUAGAUUUCCUUCGGGUGUUAAAAUAUUCACGAAAUUAUUUAGAGGACACGGAUAUUUUUCCUAUGCUUUAUCUAAUUUUUCAUUUUAAUGUUAUGCUCUACAGGUCUAGUAUAUAGCAUGUUACUUGUCCAGACUACUUUGCAUUUCGGAACAUUGCUUUGAAAAUCUGCUCUUGCUCCUCGAAAACAAAACACGUAAUGGAGAAUUGCCUCAUCUCUCUUAUUCACUGGAAAGGGCAGAACGAUGCUAGGGCCAGGUGGGGGUAACGUUCAGUUCUAAUGAUCUCUCAAUAUUCGAUGAUAAAUGAUAAUAUUAUUUUAAGAGAGAAGGCCUGUUUAUCUAGAUAUUGAAGUGUCAAAAUAAUUCAUUUUCAUUUUUUAAAUAUUCAAUCUAAGAAUAAUCAAGGUAUGAGAAGGUCCCGUGUUUAAUAGUGAAUUGUGAAACAACUAAAACACUUAAAGUAAAGUGACAUUAAAAAAUGUUUUGAGGGUUUAAAUUAAUGUACGUAAGUUUAAUGUA